ACGUGCUUCCAACUGAAUUGUUUUUGUCUAACAGCUGAAUGAUUUGGAAUGACCAUUAUAAAUCUGUUUUUCUUUUUAUCUUCGUUCGAUGACCGAAAUCCAGCGACAUGUGAAUUCAGCGAUCUCGUAUGCGUUUCGUUCAGUGACAGCUGUAAAUAAUACACCACUGGCUUCCUCGCAUAAUCGCCUUCUGGUGUUAGUAUCGAUCUGUGAGUGGAAGCAAGAUGAUUUCAAGGAAUCUGUGUCCUGUGUUGUUGUCUUUGGUUACCUUCGCUGUGACCCUGACCACGAGCUCGCUGGUUCUAGGACCGAAUGCCACACAGCCCUGUGUGUGCUUACAACUAAAACUAACGACAAAGAAAGCACUGGCGAUGCUGGAGGAACACGGAGGCGCUGGAAGAUUCUUUUUAAUGGAACAACGGGGUGUUGUUUAUUCCUUUUCCUCUGAGCUGAGCGGUCAGAAACUUUUUGUGAAUAUGACGUCAUUGGUUGAAUAUGACGCCGACGUCGCCGAUGAGCGCGGGCUUCUGAGUAUAGCCCUACACCCAAGAUUUUCAGAGAACGGUAAAUUUUACACGUACUCUAUCCGGAAGUUCAACAACGUGCAGUAUGCUUACGUGACAGAACUACAAGAGGUAUUCGGACGAGUUGAUGUCUCUCGAGAGAAAUUGAUAAUGGUGAUUCAACAACAUAACGUUACAAGAAACGGAGGACAGCUACUGUUUGGCAAUGAUGGAUACCUCUAUAUUUUUGUCGGCGAUGGAGGUCUCCGCUCAACUGCCCAGAACAUGUCUUCGCUUCUGGGAAAAGUUCUCCGAAUAGAUACAGAUCAUGCUGAAGUCGCGGACAAUUUGAUUCGUUACUAUUCUAUACCUUCCGAUAACCCGGAUGUUAGUGGUCUCCGGGAAAUCUAUGCUUGGGGUUUCCGGAACCCUUGGAGGUGCAGUCUGGAUAUUGGAAGUACCAGAGGCGACAUCUAUUGUGGCGACUUGGGAGAAGGAGCACAGGACGAGAUAAAUUUCAUCCAAAAGGGACGUAACUACGGAUGGGACAUCAAAGAGGGCGCAAUAUGUAACGACCACCCCUGUAACAUCACAGGCCUCGAGGGUGAUCCCAUAUUUACAUAUAACCACAGUAAGGGCCCUGCGGCCGUGAUAGGAGGCUACGUGUACAGGGGACCGUCCAUCCAAAACCUCACCGGGAGAUACCUGUUUGCAGAUAUGUUUUCUAAAAACUUCCUCCUAACAUUGAAAAACAGCAGUGGGGGUCAGUGGGAGGAGAACCACCUGUAUUAUUGUGACCCGGGGGUGUGUCCGUGCCACGCCCGAGAGUCCGUGGGGGAGGACUACCUCGUGUCCUUCUCUCAGGACAGGAAAGGAGAAGUUUACUUGCUGACCACAAAGUCUUUCACUGGUCGAUCGACAGAUGACAGACUUCUAAAGCUUGUCUCCCCAAACCAUGACUUCACAGUUUGUGAAGCGUCAUCACAUUUCAGUCUGUGGACAACGAUAAGCAGUGUUGUUAUAUCGCUGGCAGUCCAGGCUUUUUCAAAGAACUACUUUCAUAUUCUAUGACAUUCGUACAUCUCUAGAUAUCAAUAAAUUUACAGCAAUGACUGUCUGAUAGAAUAUGUCGUGUGUAAAAGUGAGAUAUGCGUAAAUGAUAUGAUGAAAUGUGUUUGGUGCAAAUCAUGGAGUCGAUGAUCAUGUAUUGCCUAUAUUGUCAUCGAGCGUAAAAUCUGGAAAAAACAAUUGAAUUUCAGAUAAUUUCUCUUUUAUUUCAAUUGUAUCACUAUGUGACUGCCGAUGAUAUUCUUUUUAUGUGAUGACCAUAUUCUCAAUGGCUGCAUGUAAUCUCUCUAAUUCAUGGAUCAACGUAGUUUUUGAAACACACAACUAUUUGUCAUGUGGGACGUUGAAACUUGUUUUUUAUAUUUGAAUUGGGCAUUUAUUUCGUUUUCUUUUGUAUAUCAAUGUGCUAUGUACGUCUUUAUGAAACCGUACAAGCACGAUUUAUAAAUAAAUGUUGAAGACGUGGG